CUUAUAGACUGCGUGGAAACCACGAUGGUGUCGGUCUUCUAUCAGGAGAUGAAAGAUAACCCUGGGUUUUCUUUGUCAUUUUAGGAGUUGAUGCAACAAUUUGUUGUUUUGGAUGGGCUUCACAGUGGGUUGUCCUUAUAUUGUGAUCUAGAAAUAAGGGCCGAAAGAUCAUUGCUUGACAUGGAUUUUUCGUUGUGAUUUUGUGAUGUAUAGGCGCCGAAACAUAGUUUCAGAUCGUGUAUGCUGAUGGGAAGUCUUUAGAUUUUGAUAAAAAUCACACAUCAGAAGUGACUUGCAGGGCCGGUGUGGGCUAUUUGAGAUAUAGGUAUUGUAAAUGGAGGGUCGGGCAAUUCUUCACGAUGAAUCGUCUGCGAAUUUAGUCAGGGAAGAAGAUGAGGAAGAUUUUCGGAGUUGUUGCGAGGAUGAGGAAGUAUGGAAGGAGACUGAAGAACCUGCGAAGGAAGAGUCAAAAAACGAUCUUGAUGAAUUUUCGGUGAAGAUGUUUUUCAAGGGCAUAUCGAUAGCUGAUGUUGGGGACUCUGGUUCUGGGAUUUCUGGAAUUGGGGUGGUCAUGGAAAGAUCAGCCAAUGCUCCUGUUCUUCGGGUGCAGAAAAAGCUCGAUUUUUAUGUUGAGGAAUCUGUCGCUGAUUACUUGGCUCUGAUGGAUGGUCUGGUGGAGGCUUCCCUAAACAACAUCCGUCGGGUAUAUGCUUUUACCGAUUCUCAGCUGUUGUAUGACCAGAUAACCCAUGACGAAAAGCAUGAGAUCCCGCUUCUGAUAGCACUAAGGGAAAGGAUUCUAGAACAUGCCGAUAAUCUUGAAGCUUUUGUUUUGAAACUUAUCCCCAGUGCUGAUCUGGAGCAGCCUUUGAAUUUAGCCCAAGUGGCAAUUGGUGUUGUCUCUUUUGCUUCCCAGGGUAAAUCGCUUGAGAACUGUUCCAUUUGUUGCGAGGACAAGUUAUCACUGAUGAUGAUGACCAUGAAAUGUUCUCACAAGUUUUGCUCGAAUUGUAUGAGAACCUAUAUUGAUGGAAAAGUGCAGUCCUCUCAAGUCCCAAUAAGAUGCCCUCAGUUGAGAUGCAAAUAUUACAUCUCCGCCACUGAGUGCAAAUCGUUUCUUCCACUAUCUUCCUAUUUAUCUUUAGAGAGAGCACUUGCAGAAGCAAAUGUUCUCCACUCAGGUAGAAUCUACUGCCCAUUCUCGAAUUGUUCUGUCCUGCUAGAUCCUCGUGAAUGUUUGUCAGCUAGAGCAAGCUCAUCAAGUCAAUCAGGUAAUAGCUCUGUUGAGUGCCCAGUCUGCCAGAGGUUUAUCUGUGUGGAAUGUGGUGUUCCUUGGCAUUCUUCGAUGAGCUGUGAAGAGUACCAGAACCUUCCAUUGGAGGAGAGAGAUGCAGCAGACAUUACUUUGUAUCGCUUGGCACAAAGUAAAAGGUGGAGACGUUGCCAGCAAUGCCGCAGGAUGAUUGAGCUUGCUCAAGGUUGCUAUCACAUGACCUGCUGGUGUGGGCAUGAGUUCUGUUAUUCUUGUGGAGCAGAAUAUAGGGUUGGCGAACAGACCUGUCAGUGUGCCUUUUGGGAUGAAGGGAACUCUGAAGACUAUACCCAGUCUAUGCAAGAGUCGGAACAAUGGGCUUGGGAGACUUUCAAUUCGCUGCCUAUGAUUAUGGAUGCAUACUCAGACCAAGAAAAAUCACAGCUGGCUCUGAUCCAAAGGUUCCUUGCCGGAGGAUUUAGUUUGAGUGACCAUCACCCUUACCAAUCCCCACCUCGCUGUACAGACUCCUAUGUAGAUGCCAUGAAGGAUCUCCAUCAACUUCCUUGGCUUGAAAGGUUUGUUUCUGUGAUAAGCGACAACUAUUAUGAAGACUAUAUCCAAUGAAGCAAAUACGGGAUUCCUCUUGAAAUCAGAAAAUAAGCUGCUUUGCUUCAAGGGAGGGAAAGAAUUCCUCACUCUAUUCACUCUCAUUUUCAUUUACAGCAACAUGCAGGAAAGUGCUCUUUCUUCUCUUUCUACGUAGGUUUUUAGUCAUUACACGCUUGAAAAUUGUGAUCCUUGCAUAAGAUGGAGGGGAAGAAUUUAUGCUUGAUCAAUUACUUUCUCCUCGAAAGAAAAUGAAAUAGGAUAGAGAACACUUGUUAUAUCAGUAAUUUGAAAGAACAUUUACUAUGUCACUUAAAAGCAAAGCCAGUGAAAGAUACCUUUCCA